GGGAGAGAGAUCAAUGUAUAGAGAGAGAGACACAAACAAACAGGAGGGGCCCCCCCAGGGGAGCCCGCGGAGCGCGCCUUAGCAACAGGCAGCUAUUCCACAGGUGGGGCGCAAUGUGAUGGCGAGUGAGCCUCCCGCCACCCCCGCCUCGGCCCGGCUGACCCGGACGAGCGCCCGCCUGACCUCGGGGCCCUGGAAGCGGCCGGCGGCCGGCAGCGGAGGGGCGCCCCCCUCGCCCUGCUCCCCGCCGGCGCCCGGGGGACCCAGCGCAGCCCCUCCCGGCUGGCCCCGCUUCUGGGAGGGCCAGGAUGUCCUGGCGCGCUGGACCGACGGCCUCCUCUACCUGGGCACCAUCAAGAAGGUGGACCCCCUCCGGCAGGUGUGCCUGGUGCAGUUUGAGGACGACUCCCAGUUCCUUGUGCUCUGGAAGGACAUCAACCCAGCGGCUGUGCCAGGGGAGGAGCAGUCCUGCUGCGUGUGCCACUCGGAGGCCGUGAGCCCAGACAACCGGCUGGUGCGGUGCGAGAAAUGCAGCCACGCCUACCACCAGGAAUGCCACCUGCCCCGGGUGCUGAGCGAUGGGGCCUGGACGUGCCGGCAGUGUGUCUUUGCUGUGGCCACCAAGCGGGGCGGCGCCCUCAAGAAGGGGCCCUACGCCAAGGCCAUGCUGGGCAUGAAGCUGGUGCUGCCCUACCAGCUGAAGGCCCUGGAGUGGGACGCCGAGCACCUCGCCAACCGCCAACAGUGCUACUGCUACUGUGGGGGCCCCGGAGAGUGGAACCUGAAGAUGCUGCAGUGCCGCUCCUGCGCCCAGUGGUUCCACGAGGCCUGCACCCAGUGCCUGAGCAAGCCGCUGCUCUACGGGGACAGGUUCUACGUCUUUGAGUGCUGCGUCUGCACGGGAGGCCCAGAGAGCGUCCGGCGUCUCCCCCUGAGAUGGGUGGACGUGGCCCACCUGAUCCUCUACCACCUCAGCAUCUGCUGCAAGAAGAAGUACUUUGACUUUGAGCGCGAGAUCCUGCCCUUCGCCAGCGAGAACUGGGACAGCCUCCUGCUGGGCGAGCUCUCGGACACCCCGAAGGGAGAGCGCUACAGCCAGCUGCUGAACGCCCUGACGGGACACAAGGACAGGUUCAUCUCCGGGAAGGAGAUCAAGAAGCGCAAGGGCCUCUUUGGGCUGCACUGCCGCGUCCCCCCACCCGCCCCCCAGGGGGCCGACGGCUCCGGGGAUGCGCCCAGGACCCCCUUCAUCGCGGGCAGCAGCUUCCUUUCAGGGCAGGGCAGGCGUGGGAAGGGGCCGGAGCGCCCGAGGGCCGGGCGGCGGGGGCAGCCGCGGCAGCAGCCACAGCGCCGGCGCAAGGGGCAGCCGCCGGCCCCGAGUGGCAGCGGGGGGCAGUGGGCACAGCAGCAGCAGGAGGAGCAGCAGCAGCAGCAGCGGAGCACCCGGGAGAGGGAGCGCCUGGAGAGGGCCCUCACUCAGGAGGUGGUGCAGCACCCAGUCAGCGCUAACCAGAGCUACGGCGGCUACGGCGGCACUUCCAGCUCCUACAACUUCCGCCGCACCGACGCCCGCUGCCAGGAGAGCGCCCCGAUCCGGAUGUUCGCCUCCUUCCAUCCCUCGGCCAACACUGCAGGGACCUUGAGCACCAGCAGCGGAGCCCCCCUCGACCCCGGUGACGCCGCCCCUGCAGAGCGGGGCAGCCCAGAGCGAUCUCCGGCGGAUGACGGCCCCGCCCCCCGGACACUCCUGCGCCGCCACUCCGCGCCGCCGGCCCCCAAGCGGCCCCCGCAGGCUGCCCCGGCCCCCUCGGCCCUCUGCGUGGCUCCCGGCGGCCCCACCAGCUCGGGCUACUUUGGACCCAUGGGGCGGCUGGCAAGGGGGGAGGCGGUGCGCAUCCUGGCUCGCCGCGUCACCACCGAGGGCACCGUGCAGUACCUGGUGGAGUGGGAGGGGGGCAGCAUGUUUUAGGGGCCCCAAAGCGGGACCCAGUGGGGCCCCCAAUGUGCCUGGCCAAGGAGAGAGCAACAAGUGCAAUUCUAGGGGGCAGGCCAUGGGGCGGCUCCCCCUACCCGCUUGAGGAAUGUGGACUGUGCAGUUUCUUGCUUUUGGGGGGGCAGGAGACCCCCAAGUUUCUUCUAUUUGCUGCUGCCGCUGCUCCCCCCCCCAUAUCGUCGUCUUGGACCCCAAAAAGAGUUUGAGUCCUGCUUAUUUUUUUACUGUUUGUUGGUUAAAGGUAUUAUUUAAAGAGGCCUGAGUGGGAGAGAGAGAGAGAGAGCGCCCCCCCUCGGCUGCCCCCCAAACACACACAGCCCCCCUUGCGCCUGUAGUACUGCCUCUGCUGCUGCUAGACUGACUGUUGUACAAAACACUUCCGAAUAAAAGAGCUUCUGGGCAAGA